GCUCCUAUAUAUACAUAUACAUUUGUCUAUCUGUUUGAUUAUUCCUUCUCUGACGAGGUUUUUGCUGGCAAUUAAGGCAUGAUUCUCUGUCAUAGGUUUAGAUUAUACUUUUACCUGUUAUCUCUCCCUACUGACUGCCCUCUUCUCCCCGACAGAGCGGCUGGUGGGCGCGCUCGGGAGGCACGGGGCUGACCGCGUCGACCUCUCCGACCCCGCCUGGCAAGUGGUGUCCCAGCUCCUCGUGCCCGUGGCUGUCAACGGCUUCCAGUCCGCGAACCUCCGACCCGAUGACUACUACUCGCCCCCGGAAGAGAGAUCGACGACCCCUUCGGCGGAGACACCAGCGUCGUCUCCAUCGCCUGCGCCGCCUACGGACGCCCCUGUUACUUCUAGGGUUGACCUGACGACGCCCUCGGACGAGCCCAGUCUUCUCUCCAGGCCGAUUCCGAUGUCGAUUUUGCAUAGUCUCGGCUUCAGUGGCAGCGCGCAGUUGCUCGUCGAGUCGCCGACUGAACCGCACGCGGAGGAGAGCAAACCGGAGCCAGCCGCAGCGCUCCCGCCGAACCCCGAGCAGUCAACACAGGCCCCGGCGCUGGACGCGAACGAGGGGCAUUUCGAGACGCACCCGAAGCCAACCUCGGUAGAAGGGCUGCAGGAAACCAGUGAAGGAACUCACCAGCGCAACGAGGAAGAGGGCGCUCCUACAGACACCCCAGAUGACGCCGACGACACUGGCAUUUCUGAAGAGUAUCCUGUGACAUUGUCAAAGAAUGAUACCGCCGCGACUACUGACGUCGAUGGUACUAUUAUGCCCUUCUUUGGGACCACCAUUCCCUCUGGCAGGCUCAGCACCGAAAGCAUUCCGACAGCCGAUAAUGGCGCCUAUACCAGCGCCUCAACUGACUACAGCGACAUAACUACUAAUGCUCCAAGCAUAGCCACUGGAUUUUCUAACACACCCAGCAUAUCCACUGAUUAUACUGACACGCUCAGCAUGUCCACUGAAAAUUCUGACACAACCAGCACUGCCACUGAGUAUACUAAUAUACCCAACAUAGCCACUGAGUAUACUGACACACCCAGCAUAGCCACUGAGUAUACUGACACACCCAACAUAGCCAAUGAAUAUACUAACACACCCAACAUAGCCACUGAGUAUACUAACACACCCAACAUAGCCACUGAGUAUACUAACACACCCAACAUACCCACUGAGUAUACUAACACACCCAGCACAGCCACUGAGUAUACUAGCACACCCAGCACAGCCACUGAGUAUACUAACAUACCUAACAUAGCCACGGAGUCCACUAACACACCCAACAUAGCCUCUGAGUAUACUAACACACCCAACAUAGCCUCUGAGUAUACUAACACACCCAACACAGCCACUGAGUAUACUAACACACCCAACACAGCCACUGAGUAUACUAACACACCCAACACAGCCACUGAGUAUACUAACACACCCAGCACAGCCACUGAGUAUACUAACAACAUAGCCACUGAGUACACUAACACACCCAACAUAGCCAAUACUUAUACUAACACACCCAACAUAGCCACUGAGUAUACUAACACCCCCAACAUAGCCAAUACUUAUACUAACACACCCAACAUAGCCACUGAGUAUACUAACACACCCAGCAUAGCCACUGAGUAUACUAACACACCCAACAUAGCCACUGAGUAUACUAACACCCCCAACAUAGCCAAUACUUAUUCUAACACACCCAGCACAGCCACUGAGUAUACUAACACACCCAAUAUAGCCUCUGAUUAUACUAACAUACCCAGCAUAGCUACUGAGUAUACUAACCCACCCAACAUAGCCACUGAGUAUACUAACAACAUAGCCACUGAGUAUACUAACAACAUAGCCACUGAGUAUACUAACAUGCCCAACAUAGCCACUGAGUGUACUAACACACCCAUCAUAACCAGUGAGUAUACUAACACACCCAGCAUAGCCACUGAGUAUACUAACACACCCAGCAUAGCCACUGAGUAUACUAACAUACCCAGCAUAGCCACUAAGUAUUCUAACGCACCCAGCAUAGCCACUGAGUAUACUAACAUACCCAACAUAGCCACUGAGUAUACUAACACACCCAACAUAGCCACUGAGUAUACUAACAUACCCAGCAUAGCCAAUGAGUAUACUAACAUACCCAGCAUAGCCACUGAGUAUACUAACAUACCCAACAUAGCCACUGAGUAUACUAACACACCCAGCAUAACCAGUGAGUAUACUAACACACCCAGCAUAGGCACUGAAUAUACUAACACAUCCAACAUAGCCACUGAGUAUACCAACAUACCCAGCAUAGCCACGGAGUCCACUAACAUACCCAUCAUAGCCACGGAGUCCAUAAACAUACCCAGCAUAGCCACUGAAUAUACCAACACAACCAGCGUAGCCACUAAUUAUGCUAACAUAGCUACUGAGAAUACUAACACACUUAGCACAGCUAGUGGGCAUACUAACAUAGCCAAUGAGUAUAUCAACGAAAGCAGCAUGUCCACUGAGUAUACUAACACACCCAGCAUGCCCGUUGAAUAUACUAACACACCCAAUAUAGCUACUGAUUAUACUAACGUUCCUAGUUCUGCCACAGUCAAUAUAGACAUGCCUUCCACCAGCAAAAUGUCUUCUGAUCCACCCAACACUACCAUUGUCUACAUAGAUAUAUUCACUGAAUUCACUAAUAUAACCGGUAUUUUCUCCACAAGUGCCUAUACUGACGAAGACUCUGAACACACUGGUUUUACUACUGAAUAUGACAACACGCCCUAUGACACCACCGUCCUCUCAAGUGACAUGACUACACACAUUACCACAGAAACUCCAAAUUCGAUUUCUCAAACUAACAUCGUCACUGAAAAUUUCUACGUGGUGACAGAGCAAGCCAGAAUAAGCGCGGAGGUUCCCUGGACAUUCGCAGAGAGCACGGCCAUGAUAAGUGACCGUGGUAUGGCCCCGGAAGAAGAAAAUAGUGUAAUCGAGGAAUAUGAAGGACUCGGAGAAAAUAGUGGAACAACUACAGAGGACUUUCCUGUAUUGUCAACAGACUCGGAUAUAUCUACUGGCUCUGCAGAAAUGAUUACUGUUCACCCACACGAUUUCGACUUGGAUAAAGAAAUCUCUGGUAUGACCCUUGGCUUUGGCACGACUACUGAAACCUAUGAUGUAACCAGUUCCUACGGGAUAGAAGGAGAGAUCCCUGAUGUAAUAACUCAGAACGACGACAUGGCCGCCGUAAUACAUGAUUUAACUAUUGAUUACAAGGAUGAGACGACAGAAGACCCAGAACUACCAGCUGAAGGAUCUAGCGAUGCCGCUGGUAACCCCAUCGCAAACAUAGUUACAACUACUACUGAUAUUCUUACAGACACCACGGGUACCUCUACUGAGAAGACUAUAAAUGAUAUAGUUAAAGGAACUGGUACAUCCAAAGACAGUGCAAUUAUUACCAGCGCUGAACCAACCAUAAGCAUAAACACGAACAGGAUCACUCUGACUCCCAGCUCUAUAGAAAUGACCACAGAGAACGUAAGUUCAAUUAGUGAAACCACAGUCUAUACUUCAGAACCAAUCGUAGCGUUUCAUCACCCCAGUGAGUCGAAUAUCUAUGUUGAUGAGGGAGCCCAAACUCCCAGUGACGCCAUGGCUCAUUCGUCAGGACCUUUCGCUGAGGUGACCCCGCACCGAGGGCAAGCAAUCGAGUCCUCGAAAUGGGAAGGUGUGCGUGGUGAGACGGGGUCGCAGGAUCCGUUGGGCCAGGAAGAAGGCGCGUUUGGCCAAGAGGAGCAGGAAGAGCCUUCAUUCCAUGCUAUCCUUACCCCGCAGCCCUCUACGGAAAGGAUGAACCCGGACUUGUUUUCUAAUCUUUUCUUCCCUGGCAAUCCUCAGGACUCCGAGGCUCCAGCCAUGGGCACCAUCGUCGACUUAUUCGAUAUCAGAAACCCUCUUCGACCUGUUAUUCGACCGCCUUUCCCCGACUUCUUUGGUAUCGACGGGCCUCUCCUGCGCCCCGACCUGCAGCUGGUGUCCUGCGACGACGGGAACAUUGAAUGCGUCCACUGGGCGCGCGGGGGAGGCUGCGCGUGCGCCCCCGGCCGAGCCCGACGCCAGUGCGAGUGGCAGAUGUACGUCCAGGAAACGUGUCCUCGGUCCUGCGGGCUUUGUCCCUGAGGGCCGUCGCCUUUUUGCACAUAGAUUUACCCUUUUAUAUAAUGCUGUGAUUGAAUCAUUAUCUAUUACAACUAAAUACCUUGCAAGUGCUGUAAAAUUAUAGGAAAUGUGUGUAAAAUAUUUUUUUUUGUCAGCAUUUUGUCUCUUCCUUAUUAUUUUCGUUUCCUGAUAGUAUAAUAUUUCAAUUAAAAAACUGGUCUGUGAAACAAAUGUAGUUCGAAAGGGAGACCUUUCGGCGGAUAAGAUGUAAAUAAAAUUUCUGAUAUAAUAUUUUUUAUUAAUGAAACAUAUUAAAUGAUCUGACCAACAGAAGCCUAUCACACUGACAACUAGUUAAUAAAUAUGUGGUAUG